AGACGGACGGAGGGAGGAACGAGCUCUGCGACUCGACCCGGCGACCACAUGCGGCGAGAAGCAGCGACGACGAAAAUCCGGCGAGCUCCACACUCCAGCAUCCUCCAGCGGCGUCACAGCUCCCUAGAAGCGUCGUCCAAAUCCAGCGAGCACCAAACUCCGACGAAUCGGCAGCAGCAGCGGCGACCAGGGCUUCCCCCUCCUCCGGCGACGAGCAUCACUGGCAGCUGACUCCCUCUUUCCGGUGAUGCACUUCCCAGCGAACAACAAAGGAGCGACAGAGCAGAUUUUCGGAUCUAAUUUUGGGGUGCAAAUUGUCUAUUUUACCCCUUGUCCAUGCCUUAUUUAAAUUUCAGAUUUAUACCCAUGUGUGUCAUUUUACUCCCAAUUUCUCUUACUCUAUAUAUACUCCCCUAGCUCCAAAUUGUUAGGGAAGCUCCCCCAUUUACAUUUUUAGACUAGGGUUUUCAGUGCACUACGGCACAUCAAAAAAUCAUCUGCAUCAAUAAAAACUUUUGACAUCACUAUAUUUAAUUGCGACGCUGAAAAAUAUUUUCAUUCUUUCUUCUUUCCCAACCAAACAUAUUCUAAAGGGUUUUGGUCGUCUUGUUCAGCAACUCAACCCUCCUUUUCCCUUCCAACUCACAUAGUCACAUUACUGCUUGAUUCUGUAUUCAUUCGGUUCGCGAUUGCUUCUGUAAACUCGGUGUUACUGAAUUAGGGUUAGGGUUUCGGACAUUUGAUUCGCUGUGUUGACUAUUCGCAUCCCGCCAAAACCAAUUCAUGCGAUGUACGCUGAUCGAUUGGAGGCUGGAACGAGGCUGCCAAUUAAGGACCGGCUCAACGGCAGCGCUCAUGACGGUUCUGGUCGCCCGCGACAACUUUCCGGCAAGAGGCAGAGAGAAGAUGACAAAUGGGGGCAUGAAUUGUAUGAUCUCAAUAGACCUCGCAUGUUAAGAAGCGGAACAGGUUCUAAAGACCUGCGCUUGAAGCUGCAAAGGAAAAGUAACCAACAGACUCUUCAAAGCGGGAAAGCGUCUGUCUCUGGAGGUGUAAGGGAUCUACGUGAAAAGCUUUCUGGUAUAUCGUAUUCCCAAAUGGAUAUUGAUCUUCCAAAGCCUACCGUGAAGCGGAAGAAAGCCCCUGUUAUAAGCUCUGCUGUUAAGGAAAAAGUUGUAGCUGAAUCUCCUGUAACCGAAACCAAGAAAGCUGCCAACAAGGUUGUUAAGAAGAACCAGAAGAAGGUUGGAUCAGUGGAUAAUUUUCUCCAGCCUUUAGGUCUUGAAAAAUAUUCCAUCACAUUCCAAGCUGAAGAAGUUGAUAUGGAUGCCCUUGUACACAUGACAGAUGGAGAUCUCAAGGCCAUGGGAAUACCAAUGGGUCCAAGAAAGAAGAUACUUCUAGCACUGGAGUCUAAACGCUGAGAAGUUCGGAUAGGUUUGUAUUGAUUGAUUAAUUGUGAUGGCUCUUUUCCUUCUUAACUGUAAAAGUAGAUGUAAUACAAUAGCACUGUUUCUGGGAUCCUCAUGCACGUGAUCGUUGACGAUCAAUUCCUAAGGGCCUG